AUGUGCUACGCAGAUUAUAAGACCUUACAUAUGCACAGUAACCUAAUCCAACGACCGGCAUCGGUCUCGCGUACUCAUAACUAUACACGUCAUACUCAUGAGUGUAGUCGAUGUCGCUUGCCUUGGCCACUUAUGGUAAUUGUCAGGCCUGUGUCUACGUGCAACGCUGAGUGUGAAGCAUCAACUAUACCCGGUAGCUUAGUCUAUUCACAAGCGAUGGCCCGUCAUGCUCAUAACCGUGCUCGAUGUCACCUGCUGAGAAAGCGAGAACAUUCCGGUCUUGCUAAUAGUGGACCUCGAGGUUUAAAAGCGCCAGAGGUUUCUAAGGCGGACUCGCCUGACUUCUCCGAAAGUUCAACAUCCGGGUCCGAACGGCGAGCAUAUACACGAACUAAUCAGACCCAACGGUCCGCGCCAAACUAUUUGCGAUUGCGAAGUCGUAACAACGAAGCGGUCAAACGGUUCCGCCAGAAGUCAAAAAAUCAGACGCGGAGCUUAGAGGACGAAAUCGCCCGUCAUGGCCCUUAUGUUCUACUUGAACCCAAAUUGGACUGUUUUCGAGAAAUACACUCAUUUGCAAACCAAUUUGGUUUUCACGAGAGAAUCUCUCGUUUAUGA